GUGGCGGCGCAGGCGUAGCGCGUCACCGACGGCCUGGCAGGAGGCGGCGUUGGAUCGGACGCGUUUGGAGGGCCGUCGGGCCGUGGAGUCGGGAUCUGCUUCUGGGGCAUGAGCCGAGGGGACGACGCCGAGGCCACGAGUUUUUCAUAGAGAUUGAUGGAAGCAGAAACCAAAACUCUUCCCCUGGAGAACGCAUCCAUCCUUUCAGAGGGUUCCCUGCAGGAAGGGCACCGGUUAUGGAUUGGCAACCUGGACCCCAAGAUCACAGAAUACCACCUCCUCAAGCUCCUGCAGAAGUUUGGCACGGUCAAGCAGUUUGACUUCCUCUUUCACAAGUCCGGUGCUUUGGAGGGGCAGCCUCGAGGCUACUGUUUUGUGAACUUCGAAACUAAACAGGAAGCAGAACAAGCCAUCCAGUGUCUCAAUGGCAAGCUGGCUCUGUCUAAGAAGCUGGUGGUGCGGUGGGCGCAUGCGCAAGUAAAGAGAUAUGAUCAUAACAAGAAUGAUAAGAUCCUUCCUAUCAGUCUUGAGCCAUCCUCAAGCACUGAGCCCACUCAGUCUAACCUAAGUGUCACUGCAAAGAUAAAAGCCAUCGAAGCAAAGCUGAAAAUGAUGGCAGAGAAUCCUGACGCAGAAUAUCCAGCAGCACCUGUUUAUUCCUACUUUAAGCCUCCAGAUAAGAAAAGGACUACUCCUUAUUCUAGAACAGCUUGGAAAUCUCGAAGAUGAUGAUUAUGAAUUAUGGUAGCAGCAAAAGCAAAUUGGUCUCCGCACCUGAAAUCCUCUGCCUUUGUACUUUGUCGAUGUGAAUGGUACUACCCAACAGAGCACAAUCACAUGUUAACGUUUGGUAACUUGACAUGUCUGGAUGUUCUCCUGGAUGAGUUUCUUCCCUGAAGUAUGUGUGGAAUUGAGCAUCGUCCAGAAUAAAUAGGAUUGUAUCCAAAAUUGUGAUUUGAACACUGGGAUGCUCUAGUUGGCUGGUUUGUUUGGAUUUGUAACUUCAGAAACAUUAUAUAGUACGCCAGAGAGAAAGGCAAACAUAAAAAAAUGUUAUUAUUUAAGUCAGGAAACUAAAUGUAUUAACGUCCGUCUUAAAAAAAAAAAAAAAACAGAGCAUUUUUCUGUGCUCAAAUGUCUUUACAACAUAAAGAAAAAGUAAGAGGGAGGGAAGUGAGCAGUUUUGAAUCAUGUUGAGAACUAUUGUUCCAGAAUUUAUUAUGGAAAUCCCUCCAACUGGACUAAAAACGUCCUUGGCAAAAGGGAGCUGAUUCUUUGAGCAAAUGUUGUGGUAAUCUGUUUAAGAAUUAUGGUUACUGUUUCAGAAUCCCAGUUAGGAAAGCGUGGUGUAUAUCCUAAAAUUGUUUGCAUCAACACAACUGUAGAUUCAAAUUUAGCAUUUUAUACCACAAUGGAAGUUCUAUCUGGAAAUCCAGCUUUUAUUCUAUAGUGAUCAUUUUUUAAAAAUCUAAAUAAUCCUGCCUUCUAUAAUGCCAAAUGUUGUUAUUAAUGUGGGACUUUUAAAAUUGCACUUAUUGCAUGAGAUUGUUUUUUAUAGCAUGAGAAUGUUCUAUUUGGAAUUGUAUCAUGGUCAAUCUAAAUAGAAAAGCAAAAUUUCUUUGAAAACCUGAUCGUUGCUAUAUUGAUCUCUGUCAAGCAUACUAUUUAUGAAUAAUUAUGUAGGGGUCUGUGUUGAAGAAAUUGAACUGUCUUGUGCAGCAUGAAGAGGGGACAUGCAGAGGACACAGAAAGUCAACGGAGCAGGCCCGACUCUGGCACCAAGAUUGUAAAAUGACCUGGUUUAUGUAGUUCUUAAAGGCUUGAAAGACUGCGUGACUUUAGAAUGAUUCUUCCUUCGUAGAACAUUCUUCUGCCUAGAUGUGUUUUGCCACUUGGAAUUUCUUAAACGUAAGAACAGAGAGAGAAAAAUAAAUCCGCAGAUGUGGGAGUGUGUUUCUGUCAGCAGUUUUGGUCACUUCGGUGCCAGGUUGACAGGCUGUUUUCACUGGGCAGCACCUUUGCUUCUUUAUCAGGUAAACCAUUUUGCGACCUAGGCGCCAUUCUUAGUGAUUACGGACACCUUACCAUGAUCGUUCCUGGCAAGAGGAAGCUUUCAUUUUUAGGAAUUCAAGUCUUCCUGUGAGCGUAAGUGAGUUGAAGACACUUGAACCAAAUCUUGAGCAUAGUGAGGUUUCAGAGUUCACAGAACUGGUUUAGAGAAAUUCUCAUCCCCUUUCCCAAGGUAAAUCUUUUUAGAUAUCUUUAGAUAUUAAAUACUUUCUGCAUCUAUUAGCUCGGUCUGUGAUGCAAGUAACUCUCCUUCCAUUUGAGGGAUAGUUCAGGGAGACGGGAGCAUUAUCUCCCAUUUUUCUGGUGACUUCUUAAGAGUACAGAAUUCACCAUUUUAUCCUUACGUCCUCAAAGGGUUGUGGUGGAGUAGGACUUACUUAAUGCAAAAUAGUCUUCUAUUUUUAAUAGGAACCUAGAAAAUACUUAACUUUGAAUUAUCUAGCGUUGUUUCCUUUAGAAACCAGAGCUAUUUAUUUGUAUUUAAAGCAAUGUUUAUUAUUUGUACGGAUUCCUAAUUCCUCUGUGUGAAUAAAUGCAAGAUAGUGUCUGUGUGGUUA